AUGGUUCUUCAACUAUGCCUGACAUCGGCAAUUGACGAUGAUUCAUACGAACUGUGCACGUCCACGCUGUGCAACUUAUCAGGAAACCCUCCUGUCUUGUUCAGCAACUUUACAGCUAUGUUCAAGCCUAAUUCUAGCUUCGACAUCGAACAGACGAACUCCAAAAACCAACUGAUCGAGCAGAACAGACUAAAACUAUGCAGAGGUGUACCACUAGAUGCACUGGAAAAUGAUAGCGAGAAAAGGGAUUACAGAAUGCUUAAGAAGUUUGCAGACGAUGACUUGAAGGGAUUCGAUCUACAGAUCCUCCAAAAAAUGCUUCAUGGGAGUAUAGACGUGGAUGACAUGGAGGUAGACGAGGAAAAACCAUCAGAACAAUCGUGGAUCCUGAGUAUCUCUGACAUUCCCGCUGCCGGGUCGAAUCGAAAGGUUUCGUCCCAAGCAAUCAUAGAAAGCACCAUACUGUCAACGGGUGGAAGCUCUCCGUCGGUAAUAGCAUUUCUCUCUGAGCUGGGAUAUACCCUUGAUUACCAACUUCUAACAGUGGGAGUUAAAUUUAACAUGAAGCACAAUGUCUAUUUGGAACUGUCGAAGAUAUGGCGAGUUGAAGGCGGAGAAGCACAACAGCUAACCAAAGGCGGCUUUCUUGUAAAAGCCUUUGUGAAUGUUGCGAAAAGUACUGACAUCAAGAGUAUAAAUCACGGCACCAAUGCUUUACUUCACCUCCAGAAAGAAUUGAGCGGAUACAUAGACCUUACGAUCCCAGAUCGAAAAUCUAUGGACUCUCGGCUGGAGAAUCUAAAUGAUAUAUGA